UAGCACCUGCAAGUCAUGGUGUUAUUAUGCCUCGAGGCGUAGCCGCACGAGGGAUACAGUAAAGCUGACUGUGUGUGUGUCUGUCUGUCUGUCUGUGUGUGUGUGUAUUCCAGCUAUAACUGCUCAACGGUUGCAAUGCGACGAAAACUAACAGCUUCUAUAGGCUUCUAGCCACGUUCUCUUGGAUUUUGAUUCGUGGAUUAGCAAACUAAAGCUUCUUUCUCGAGUUAUGGCUAGUUUGACUCACAUUGAAGACUGUUGCAGUCUCUUCAGAAUCUUUCAUAGCAUCAUCUGUCCGCACAAACUUUCUAUUCAACAUAUGAGUUAGCCUUGCACUAAAGCGCUAGCUUUUUGUUAGCUACAAUACUCAGAAAAUAUCUGUUAAAACAGCUAGCUAGCAGUAGCCAUUUGUGAAAUUGAUCUCUUUGGACACACCCUUUAAUUAUUCCUGUGGAUGUAAUGCGCAUGCGCGCUCAUUCCCCACGUGUGAUAUCCAAGAUCCAGAUUCUCCUGGCAGAAUCUUUGUCUUGAGGGCCUGGUAAGCCACAAAACACUACCAUAUAACAAUAUAGAUAACAAUAUGCAUGUACACAGGUCUUUUCUUCUUAGAUAUUAUAUACACUGAACUACAGAUCCUGGAAGAAUCAAUUUUCUUCUUUCUUGAGGUCCUGGUAUCUAUCAUCAAUGGACUCUGAUGGAUCACCCCCUCCAGCCUCGUCCUCACGGAGACACUGGCUCUAUGCCACACUCAUUCUUUGCAGUUACGGCUUCUUUAAAGAGUUUAAACCCUCCGAACCGUUCCUUACCCCGUUCCUCGUCUCAGAUGUUAAAAACUUCACCAAGCAUCAGCUCAACAGUGAAGUGUGGUCCUACUCCACCUAUUCUUACCUCAUAGCGAGCCUCUUGGCAUGCCUGUUCACGGAUAUAGUUCGCUACAAGCCUGUCAUUAUGCUGGAGAGUGCCUGUUACCUUGCCACUAGGAUACUGCUCAUAUGGGGAGUGACUAUAGCCAGCAUGCAAUGGAUGCAAGUGGCGUACGGAGUAGCAGAGGCAACUGAGAUAGCCUACUACUCGUACAUCUAUGCUGCUGUGUCUGUCAGACACUUCAAGAGAGUCACUAGUUAUGUCCGUGCAAUUCGUUUGUUUGGUCAAUCGAUGGCAAGUCUUUUGGGACAAGUUCUUAUUUCUACUGGAGCCCUCGGAUAUUUAGAGCUCAACUACAUUUCUCUGGCCAGUGUUUCGUUGGCCUGUGUCAUCUCUCUAUUCUUGCCCAAUGUGUUCAACUGUUCUGCAUCCUGUGGUUCAAAGCACCGCUCAGAAAUCGAUGAAAGCACCACACUAGUCAAGCAACCUUCUGAUAAACUAGAUUCCUGCUUACAAUGGAUAAAAGAAGCAAUUUUAAACAGAGCUCGUGAUUUUGCGAAAUUUUAUUGUGUACCGUCUUUAUUGAAGUGGUCGCUAUGGUGGGCAUUGGCUACUUGUGGAGUGCUGCAGGUUGGUAACUACGUGCAGAGCUUAUGGAAGGAAGUUGCUGAUGACAGUGGACAAUCUCAUGAAUGGAACGGACUAGUGGAGGCGAUUGCUACUCUGUGUAGUGCGUGUGCAGCGUUUACUCUCUCAUUCAUACGAGUGCCCUGGGCCGAAUGGGGGGAGCUGACUAUUGGACUGCUCUCACUGGUUGACUGUGGACUCUUGUUGUUAGCGUCAUGGACAAACCUCCUGUGGGUGGUAUACCUCUGUCACAUUGUCUACAGGACUACCUACGCUUUCCUCAUCACCAUAGCAAGCACACAGGUAGCACUGAGUGUGGACCACGAGAGUUAUGCCCUCAUCUUUGGCUUCAACUACUUUAUGGCCCUAGUCCUGCAGACCAUCCUCACUCUGAUAGUGGCUGAUGAGCAUGGACUCAACCUGUACAUCAGGACCCAGUUUCAAGUGUACAGUGGCUACUACUAUGUUCUGACAGUGGUGUUUAUCAGUGCUGGGAUCUACAAACUGACAACGGCCGGUUGGUUGAGGAGCUGCCGUAGUUGCUGUCGUGAGGCAGACACUGAUGAAGACAAUAGCUCUGAUUCCAAUACACAACCUCUCAACCCAACUAUUCAGAUUCAAGAAGGCAAUGAGAACCAGAACAAUCUUGUGUAGUCGUCAUGCAUGAAUUUAAUUUGUAUAAGUUAUAGUCAAAAUUUUGUUAUUGCAAUGAAUGAUGUUUGCAAUGUUGA